UAGAGUGUAUAUUGUGUAUUCUCCUUGGAUUGCAACAGCCGAUCACCAGCUGUUUGUUAUUUAUCCUUUUCUAAUGAACACGAUUGAAAAAAGACAAUGUACAUCAGCCUGGUGAUCCCGUAGUCAAAUGUCAAAUGUCAUACUUAAUACUGGAAAACUCCAAAACUAUUGACAUUUUGACAUUGACGUUAUUUUCAGUACAUGUGAGCAUAAUGUGAGCGUUUACACUACAAAUGAGGAGCAUUUUGAUAACUUCCUGUUGGCAACACUGGUUUUUAAGGUAUUUGAAGCAAGUAUAUCAUGCCAGACCAAACAGCUAUCCACAAUUUAGAGUAGCUGUAGGCUGUAGACUCUUGAUCGAGUGAACCACAAUUUACGUUUGUAGAAAUUAUAAUGAUCCAACAUUGUAUUUGCUUUUUGCGCCUUUUAUAAGAGCUUGAUGAGCACGUCUUGAGAAAAUUGAAUUCAAAAUCAAUGUUUCCAUGGAAACCUAAUUUAUUUAUUGAUAUUGACUGACCUGUCAUGCCAGAGUUAUUGAUUUAAUCAAAAGAAACAAGAAAUAAAAACGUAGUUCAAUUAAACCCUUCAAAAUGUCCCAAGGAAACCGUGAAUUGGGUGAUUUGUAUGCCCAGCUGCAGAACGAUUUAAAUUCAGAUAAGCGUUAUUGGGUUAGGAAUGACGCAAAAUUGAGGGCUGUAGUCACUGCAAAAUCUUAUGAUGAAUUCCGUGAUUAUGUGGAUGCAGCACAUUUGAAAUCCUUAUCGAAAGAAGACUACAAAAAGAAGGCAAACACUAGCUGGAAUAAAUCUGCCACUUAAUAUCUGCUAAAUUAAAUAAAAUACUCAAUUUGUUAUUAAAGUAUUAAUAAUAAAAGCUUUUUAUUUACUCCAACAUAAGUAGAUUUUAUAUAAAUCCCAAACACCACAAAAUAAUGAACAUUUUACACAAUUUUUUUUUCAAACAUGUUUUAAGUAUGAGAAUAAAUGCAUAUUAUAAUAAAAUAUAGAUAAUAAUAGAACAAAAUAACCUGAAGCUUUUCUGCAGUUGCAUUUGAAUCACCACUGAAAAGUUCUAGGCACAAGACUAAUAAAAAAGAAUAUGACAAAAACCUAUAUCUAGCAAAAAUAUCAUCAUCAAAGACACCAGUAUCAACUUAUUUCCUGGGCUGUUGAAUGAUGUGAGUGUUCGAUUUGUUAGAAUGAGCUACCGGUGGUUUCUCUCUGUGGAAACUCUGCACAGCCUCAGGAGUAAAGUCUGCAUGGCCUUUAACAACUGCACCAGAUACAGUGAUGCUUUUCGGUGGGCUUCCAGAUACAGUGAUACCAGUGGUGUCUUCUCCUAGACCACCAGAAUCUUUGCGGGUUUUGUGUUGGGUAAUUCUCAUACCACCAGCUUUA